ACCAGGAGAGCGGGAAGGUGUGGUGUGUUGCAGCUGCCUCUCCUCUUAUUGAGUGAAGCUUACUCUGGUAUUUCAUCAAAUUACUGAGGUGAUAAGUGCCUGUUAAACCCUGAAGAACAGCACAAUGAAGGCUGCGUACCUGGUGUUCUUGUUAGUGUGGUGUUCUCUCGCUCUGGCAUUCGACGAGGCGGCCGAGCGUGAGGCUACGAGGCUGCUAACGGAGUACCAGGAGGAGGCUGAGAAGCAGUACAACAAAGUCUCCCUCGUGUCAUGGGCCUACCAUACUAAUAUUACUGAGCACAACAAGAAGAUUAUGGAGGAGGCUUCGCUGGCCAUAACAGAGUUUCAGAAAGAGUGGUACAACAAGGUCAAGAACUAUCUCGACAGUGACCUUAGCCCAGAAACAUCCAGAGUCAUGAAAAUGGCUUUUCCAGUGCAGUUGGAUCAGGCAGAUGCCAAGAAUCUAACGAGUAUAUUAGCUACCAUGUCUACCAUCUACUCCACUGCCACCGUCUGCCUUACACCCCGGAAAUGUGUCAACCUGGACCCUGAUCUUGCUUCUAUAAUGGCAAGUUCCAGAGACCACGAGAAACUUAACCUUAUCUGGGAGAAGUGGAGAACUAAUGUGUCAAGAAAGAUUCGGCCUCACUACCUGCAAUAUAUGGAGCUCGUCAACAAGAAGGCAAGACUCAAUGGCUACAAUGACUACGGUGACGAACUACGUAUGAAGUAUGAGACGAAGACAUUCGAGGAGGAUGUCUCGAAGCUGUACAAGGAGCUGGAUCCUCUCUACCGCCUCAUACACUCCUACAUCAGGAAGAAACUACGGCUUGUCUAUCCCCAGAUCGAAUCCAGAGGCCUGCUGCCUGCCAGUGUGUUGGGAGAUAUGUGGGGGAGGUUCUGGACUAACAUAUACCCGCUAGUAACGCCGUACCCCGAGAAGCCAGACUUGGACGUGACGGAGGCCAUGAAGGCUCAGAACUACACCGUUACCAGAAUGUUUGGUAUGGGAGAGGAGUUCUUCACAUCCAUGGGCCUCAAGGCACUGGGGGAGUCCUUCUGGACGCUCUCGAUGCUGGAGCGUCCCAAGGACGGUCGCAGCGUCACCUGUCAUCCCACCGCCUGGGAUUUUAUGGACGGCAGAGACUACAGGAUCAAAAUGUGUGCCGAAAUAAACUUUGACGACCUGGCCACUAUCCACCACGAACUGGGCCACAUCCAGUACGGCAUGCAGUAUGCUCACCAGCCCUUCACCUACAGGGACGGGGCCAACGAUGGCUUCCACGAAGCUAUAGGAGAACUCAUGAGUCUGUCGAUGUCCACUCCCUCACACCUGGUUAAAGUCGGUCUACUGGAGGACGCCACGGAGGACAGAGAGCUGACCAUUAACUACCUGUUGAGAAUGGCGCUGCAGUCGGUAACAGCGUUGCCCUUCCAUCUGGUUAACGACCUGUGGCGCUGGAGAGCCUUCAGGGGAGAGUACCUCGUCCAAGACUACAACACACACUACUGGAAGUUGAAGGAACAAUACCUGGGUGUCAAGGCGCCGGUCAACCGGAGCUCUGAGGAUCUCGACCCUCCAGCCAUCUUCCACAUCGCUAACAACUACGACAUGAUCCGCUACUUCACCAGAACGAUCCUACAGUUCCAGUUUCUUGAGAAGCUGUGUGAAGCGGCGGGUCACGAGGGAUUCCUACACACCUGUGACUUCUACGGUUCCAAGAAAGCUGGGGAUCUUCUAGGUAAGAUGCUGUCUCUGGGAUCAUCUGUGCCGUGGCAGGAUGCUCUGGAGAUGAUGACAGGAGAGAGACACAUGAACCCCCGGGCUCUUCUACGCUACUUCCAGCCCCUGCAUCAGUGGUUGACGGUUGAUAACCUUCUACACAAGGACGGGGUGGGCUGGGCCCAGUCCUGGACCCUCAUCAACAAUACAGCUAACGUACAGUCUGACCCAUCAGUGAAGCAUGAGUCAAGUCACGGUUCAGGUCAUGGUUCAGGCCAAGCACUUGGCCAGGGGUCCAAUGAUGGCUCUUAUGUUUGUGUUAUGGUAGCCUUAUGUCUCUCCACUGCUAGAUGGUGGUAAGAGUAGUACUGUUGCCAGAUGGUGGCAGGAGUGGCAAAAGUGCCGGAGGAUGCUUGGGAUAACAGUGUCAUAGGGUGCUAGGGAUGACAGCAGUGCCAGAGGGUGCUAGGGAUGACAAUGCCAGAUGGUGCUAGGGACAACAACAGUCCCAAAGGGUGCUAGGGAUGACAGCAGUGCCAAAGAGUGCUAGGGAUGACAGUGCCAGAGGGUGCAAGAGAUGACAACAGUGCCAGAGGGUGCUAGGGAUGACAACAGUGCCAGAGGGUGCUGGGGAUGACAGCAAUGCCAGAGGGUGCUGGGGACGACAGUGCAAGAGGGUGCUAGGGAUUACAACAGUGCCAGAGGGUGUUAGGGAUGACAGCAGUGUCAGAGGGUGCUGGGGAUGGCAGCAGUGCCAGAGGGUGCUAGGGACGACAGUGCAAGAGGGUGCUAGGGAUGACAACAGUGCCAGAGGGUGCUAGGGACGACAGUGCAAGAGGGUGCUAGGGAUGACAACAGUGCCAGAGGGUGCUAGGGAUGACAACAGUGCCAGAGGAUGCUAGGGAUGACAACAGUGCCAGAGGGUGCUAGGGAUGACAACAGUGCCAGAGGGUGCUAGGGAUGACAACAGUGCCAGAGGGUGCUAGGGACGAGAGCCAGAGGGUGCUAGGGAUGACAAAAGUGCCAGAGGGUGCUAGGGAUGACAAAAGUGCUAGAGGGUGCUACGGAUGACAACAGUGCCAGAGGGUGGUAGGGAUGACAAAAGUGCCAGAGGGUACUAGGGAUGACAAAAGUGCCAGAGGGUGCUAGGGACGACAGUGCCAGAGGGUGCUACGGAUGACAAUAGUGCCAGAGGGUGCUAGGGAUGACAAAAGUGCCAGAGGGUGCUAGGGAUAACAACAGUGCCAGAUUUUCUUGUUGGACUAUAUAUAUAUUCUUUCUAUUUUUAUGUUUCAUAUUUCCUUUGACAAACAUCACUGGAAGUGUUGAUACGAGGACCUGCAGUUUCCCUUCCCCUUCCUUGUUUUUUUUUCAACAAGUCGGCCGUCUCCCACCGAGGCAGGGUGACCCAAAAAAGAAAGAAAAUCCCCAAAAAGAAAAUACUUUCAUCAUCAUUCAACACUUUCACCACACUCACACAUUAUCACUGCUUUUGCAGAGGUGCUCAGAAUACAACAGUUUAGAAACAUAUACGUAUAAAGAUACACAACAUAUCCCUCCAAACUGCUAAUAUCCCUUGUAUCAAGCCUAAUUUACCCCCACCCACUUCCCCAAGUACGGGUUUAGCACUCCCCUUCCCCCAACAAUGUCAAGAUAAUUGUCAUUUGGCCCCAACUAGUUCAUAUCUACUCUGU